AUGUCAGAGGCGGCUCGAACAACGCGACACUACGUGAGUGACUGUCUCGAGGAGCGAUACCCCUAUGAUGCCAGAAAGGGGUUUGCUGGCAUUCGCCAGCGUGAGGCGGGUCGAGUCUUCAACGGCUACGGCUCUCCCGCCGUCGACGACAUGAUGAAUAGCUUGACGGACCCCUCUGUCCCUGCCGAAGAGAAGACGCGGGCUGUGCAUUUGCUGUACGCCCGGUCCGCGUCGCAGGAGACGAAGAUCGAGAUGCUGAGGAAAGGGCUGGUGCCACUGCUUGUAGCGACGCUGCAGCAAUGCUCUGACCUCCUCUUGAAACAUCAGUGCCUGCUGCUGCUGCGCUCUCUCGGGGCCCUCCCGCAGGGUUGCUUCGCGGUCAUUCGGGAGGGCGCCAUCCCGGUGGUUGUGGGCGCGUUGCACACCAUGUCGUCCUCUGCGGGGCCGUCGGAGGCAGCUGAAGCCUGCUGCAUUGCCGCGGCACACGUCCUGUUCCAGGUGAGCAGCAAUAUGUCCGGGCUGCGGUGGAUGCUGAACUUGGCUCACGACCCCGCAUUCGAGGGGGUUGAGGCGACGUGGGUUGGGGAGCUGCCGGCGCCGAAGGCGCUGGUCUCCUUCAUAGCCGACAGCCUUGCGAGCGAAGCAACACCUGCCAAGGCCACCACCUACCUCAUUCAGACCCUAGCACGCUUGACCAGCCUCGAGCGCGGCGUGGAAGCAUUUCUUGCGGUCUCCGAUGCAGUUGACGUUUUGGUCGAGCAUCUCAGACACCUCCCUAGACCCCUCACGCAGGACAGCGAACUGUGCGCGGCGACGCUGGAGGUGAUAUGGAACACGACCCUCGGUCACGCCGGCGCAGCAGUCAUGGAGGAGCGCGGCUUACCGGACAUUCUUUUUCAAUUCCUUGUGGACACCAGCGGGAGCGCCGCUCAGGUGCCCGUGUGCGUGCAGCGGCAGUUGACUGGGGCGCUUUCCGCUGUUUCUCAGCUGACCUCCGUCAAGCAACGCAGCACGGACGCCGUCUCGAUUGCGGAGGCUCGCACCCGCAUUGUUGUCUUGCUCGACUACGUCCGCGAGUGGAACAAGCUUAUUGCGACGCAGUAUACCAACGCAUCCAGGCCAAUCCCAAGCCACGCUACUGCGAUUGUAACGAACCUGGUACAGUGCAUCCGCCUCGCAUCGGAGCUAAAGCCGGUGCGAGACGUCACCCACGCCAUCCUGGAGGUCAUGGAACAGGAGGACACCACAGAGGCCUUCUACUUCCGCCGCCAGCUGUACUUCCAUACAAGGUGGGAAGCCGAGUACCACGCAAGCGUGGAGGUUUAG